CUGGGGGAAAAAAUGACCUGUUCGAUUCAUCCAUAUGAUCCACAAUUGAGUAUUUGUUGAAAUAAUGAACAUCACAUAAUGGUCUUUUAUUGCUUAAAAGCCAUAAACUCAUUCUAGUAAUUAUUCAUUCAAAAUAAACAAACAAAUAAAUAAGUAAACAUUCUGUACUUCCUUUACUGAGGUUAUUGGAGUUUCCCAAUCAUGCGGUUUAGGUUUGCUGGUGCACCCACCACCCUUCCAUCUCUGUCUUUCUCUCUCUGUAAUCCUCUUACAUUGAGCCACAGGAGGAGGAGCAAUUAAGUCUCUCUCUACGUGUUCAGUCGCUCUGGGAUUUAUUCAGAGUGGAGAAAUGCUAGCAGUCACUGUGGAAAUGCAGCAGAUUAGAGUCAUGGUCAUUUUGUCCGUAAAGGUGGAUGUAAUGUGCGGAGAGUGACAGAUGUCAUGUCUUAUCUCAGGUGCUCAGAAGUGGCGCUUUUACUCUUCAUUUUUGUGGAACUCACUACAGCCUUAAAGUGUGUAUGUCACUUGUGUGUGAACCACACUUGUGAGACAGAGGCAGAAGGAGCGUGUUGGAACUCAGUGAUGCUCAUAAAUGGGAAGGAGGAGCCAGUGAAGUCCUGUGUGACCCCAUCAGAGCUCAAGGGUCAGGUGUUCUGCCACAGCUCCAGAAACGUCUAUAAACGCAACUGCUGCUUUACAGACUUCUGCAACAAUGAGACGCUGCACUUCAAUCCAGAGCCGCCACCUGAGGGGUCUGGUUGGAGUCAGCUGGAACUAGCAGCAGUAAUUCUUGUGCCGUCGUGCCUGGUGUGUGUAGGUGUCGUUCUGGGAAUGUGUGCCGUACAAAACCUGCGAUGCACACACAUUAAAGCCCACAAACAGGAUCCAGAGGAACCCCUGGAUGACCAUACUCUGGUGUCACCUGACAAAUGCCUGAAAGAGCUCAUCUAUGACAUGAGCACCUCUGGCUCUGGUUCAGGAUUGCCCUUAUUGGUCCAGAGAACGAUUGCUCGAACCAUUGUCCUCCAGGAAAGCAUUGGAAAGGGGCGCUUCGGGGAAGUGUGGAGGGGCAAAUGGAGGGGGGAGGAUGUCGCUGUGAAGAUCUUCUCAUCACGAGAUGAACGCUCCUGGUUUCGUGAGGCUGAGAUUUAUCAGACAAUAAUGUUACGUCACCAGAAUAUUUUGGGAUUUAUCGCCGCUGAUAACAAAGAUAAUGGCUCAUGGACACAGUUGUGGCUGGUGUCUGAAUAUCAUGAGCAUGGGUCUCUCUUUGAUUACCUGAACAGAUACACGGUAUCAGUGGAGGGAGUGAUAGUUCUGGCACUGUCCAUCUCCAGCGGUAUCGCCCACCUGCACAUGGAGAUUAUUGGCACUCAAGGGAAGCCCGCCAUUGCUCACAGAGACAUAAAGUCAAAGAACAUCCUGGUUAAGAAGAACGGAACCGCUGUGAUUGCGGAUCUUGGUCUGGCUGUCAAACACGACUCUAAUACCAACACCAUUGACAUCCCCAUUAACCACAGAGUGGGCACCAAGAGGUACAUGGCUCCUGAGAUCCUGGAUGAUUCUAUAAACAUGAGCAGCUUUGAGUCAUUUAAGCGGGCUGAUAUAUACUCACUUGGCCUGGUGUUCUGGGAACUUGCUCGCAGAUGUUCUGUCCAAGGGAUUCAUGAAGAUUUCCAGUUGCCUUAUUAUGACCAGGUGCAAUCAGACCCAUCAGUGGAUGAUAUGAGGAAGGUGGUGUGUGAACAAAAACUCCGACCUAACAUUCCCAACCAGUGGCAGAGCUGUGAGGCACUGAGGGUGAUGGGUAAGAUCAUGCGGGAGUGCUGGCAUGCCAAUCCAGCUGCUCGGCUAACAGCACUACGUGUCAAGAAAACCUUGUCUCAGGUGAUGGUGCUCAAGGACGUUAAAGAGUAACCCAGCGGCCUGGUUACCCCUCUUAUCUCUGUCUAUCAGUGUUAUUGGGACAUUUAAAAUGCUCAGUUAAGAUGCCAAAGAUUGCAGGAAUUUCAGAGGGGAAAAACUGUCUAUGACACAUGUGCUUUAAAAAAAAAGAAGGAAAGUGUAUUCUGUUUUGCAGUCAAUAGAUGGUGAUAGAGUACUGAGAUACUGCUACCUCAACUGAUACAAGUGCCAAAUGCUUUGAGUUGCACGUUAAGCUUUGUGCCAUAAAUAUUUUGCUUGGUGUAAUUUACAAAGUCUCACUUAAAAUGUCUGUAUAUCUGUUUUCAGAAA